UUCAGCUUCCAUGAUCAUAGUUGACCAGACGGCUCUUCGCCUCCUGGAAAAGCAGGGACACCAGCGCAACCGAACAGAAGCGGUCAUGUGGAACUGGAUGCACAGGAAUGGCAGAGUGGGAGAGCUGCUGUCUGUUUUGCAGAAACUGAAUUUUUUGCGGGCGCUCAGCAUCUUUGAACACUGGAGGUCGGAAUACCAGUCCCGUUUGCCACCCGCUCAGAAGACCUCUCCACCUGAAACACCUUCUCCUCCACCCCCCCAAUGUCGGCUUCAUACAGAGGAGAAUCGGCUGCAGAAGAGGCAUCAGUCCCCAAGCCUUUCUUAUGCUGAAACUGUGCAUUCCUCUGGACCUCCACUACCUUUUCCUGGACCCCCUCCACCACACCUGAUAAGUAGCAGUGUGUGUCCGUCUCGCACCCCAGGGUCAGACAGUAGCAGCAGCACUAGCAGUAAUACCCAUUCCUCUAUACAAGAAUCUUUCCCAUACAUUAACAUAGUAGAACCACCUAGGAAUUUGCAGUGGAAUUUUCAAGAGGUGCUGGACAGUACAAAGAACUUCUCCCAGUCUCUGCAGAUCGGAGAGGGUGGUUUUGGCUGUGUGUAUAAAGCAACCAUUCGGAACACUGAAUAUGCAGUCAAGCGGCUGAAGCAGGAUUCUGAAUUAGAAUGGAGCACAGUGAAGAAGAGUUUCCUUACAGAGAUAGAGAAACUAACAUGUCUUCGCCACCCAAACAUUAUUGACCUGGCUGGUUACUGCAUGCAAGGAGAGGAGUACUGCCUUAUUUAUCUCUUUCUACCAAAUGGCUCGUUGGAAGAUCGACUGCAACUCCAGGGCAGUUUUCCAACCCUCUCGUGGAAGCAGCGUCUGAGUAUCAUACAAGGUGCAGCUUGCGGGAUCCAGUUCUUGCACACCUGCCAACCUAGCAUCAUCCAUGGAGACAUCAAGAGUUCCAACAUCCUCUUGGACCAGGCCUUAGUGCCCAAAAUAGGGGACUUCGGUCUUUCUCGAUUCAGUCGGUACACAUGUGAUGCAGGCAAGAGCCGCACUUUGGCACGAACCAGCACUGUGAGGGGUACGCUGGCGUACCUGCCUGAUGAGUAUGUGAAAAUGGGAAAGCUUACGUUUGAAUUGGACACUUACAGCUUUGGAGUGGUCUUACUGGAAAUACUGACAGGACAAAAAGCUGUAGAUAAUGAAAACAGUUCUCACACUAAGUAUCUGAAGGAUAUAGUUAAUGAAGAGGAGAGUGACAAGGAAGUGGAAUCUAGUUCUUUGAAGGGAGCCAGCAAAGUGUCAGAAGAUAAGCAGUCCAGGGCAGCUUCUCGUAUCUGCCACCAGCAUCUGGAUCUACGGGCUGGAAUCUGCCCUUUCGAGGUCGCCCAAGACCUUUCUCUGCUUGCUUGUCGGUGCUUGGGUCGUCAGAAAAAACGUCCACGCAUGGUAGAGGUGUUUAAUGAAAUUAAAAGGCUUCAGGAGCUCUUGGCCUUGAUGGAGAUUGGACAUGACGGCGGUGAUCUCUGUGGUGGUGCUUAUGCAGGAUCAGGCUCCUUUCCACCAAUGUCAGACCUUCCUUUCCAGUUUGCAGGAUUCCAUCCUCAGCCCUCAGGAAAACACGGACAAAUUUACCGCUUCUGGCCUUCGUAUGAAUAAUCCAGCGAGGGGUAGUGUGCGGCCUUAUGGCUACUCUGCCUCCCAUAGUGAGGAGGACAAGCCAAGCAGUCUCUGUAGUUUACCUUCUUGUGAAAGUCACAGGACUUUUCAGAGGAGUCCGAAUCAGCCUGUGGAGAGUGAUGAGAGUAUUCCGGAGUAUUACCAGUCCACUUUCUCUGAGGAACGUAGGUGUGAACUCAGCAGACUGCAGUGUAAUCCAGUGCACCGAGGAGCCUUGCAUUGCCGGAGUACAGCACAUGCAACAUCAAACCAAUCUCAAAGCCUUAACCCUGAGACUGGACAAUGCCAUGGCUCUGUGCAAGAGGGGAGCAGCUUGCCAUCAUCGGGCUCUCAGGCUAUCUCAAUGCCACAUCACCAGAUCAUCAUGAAUCCAGCCAAACAGAGAUUUGUGGAGCAGCUGGCGCUAUAUGACCAGGGGAAAAUAAACAGCCUAGAACUGUUGUACUCUGGAAACAGUCCAGGAAACCGCUUGGAGCCCCGAGGGUAUCCGGAAGAAAGUGAUGACUUUCCAAGUUAG